AUGAGCAAGCCACAUAUUGUAGCUAUUCCUUAUCCAGCACAAGGCCAUGUAAUUCCCUUGAUGGAAUUGUCACAAUGCUUAGUGAAUCAUGGAUUCAAAGUCACAUUUGUCAAUACAGAGUUUAAUCACAAGAGAGUCAUGAAUGCUAGGGAUGAUGAAAGCCAUAUCAGGAAUGAUCAAAUCAAUCAGGUCCCAAUUUCAGAUGGGUUAGAACUCUGGGAGGACAGAAAUGAUCUAGGGAAGUUAUCUGAGGCAAUACAAAGAGUCAUGCCUAUGAAAUUGGAGGAGCUGAUAGAAAAGAUCAACCAAGAGGAAGGUGAUAAAGUUACCUGUGUCAUUGCUGAUGAGAGUUGCGGAUGGGCUCUGGAAGUGGCACGAAAGAUGCAGAUCCGGCGAGUUGUUGCAUUUUGGCCUGCAUCAGCUGCAGCCUUGGAGGUGAUAUUUAGUAUCCCAAAGUUUAUUCAGGAAGGAAUUAUUCACAAAGAUGGAGCUGUCUUGAAAAGCCAGAUGGUUGAAUUGGCACCAAACAUGCCCACAAUGAAAACUACAGACUUCAUAUGGGCAUCCAUUGGUGACAAAACCACUCAAGAAAUCAUAUUCCAACUUAUGCAAAGAAGCAACAAGACUGUGAAACUGGCUGACAGACUAGUUUGCAACUCAGCAUUCGAUCUCGAACCAGAAGCAUUCACCUGCCUGGAACCACAAGCAUUCACCUUGGCACCAAACAUCUUACCUAUAGGCCCCCUUUUGGCAAGCAGCCGUCUGGGAAAAGCGGCCGGCAGCUUCUGGGCAGAAGACUCAACCUGCCUAGAAUGGCUUGAUCAACAAUCACCUUCCUCAGUCAUCUACAUUGCUUUUGGAAGCUUCACAGUUUUUGACCAAACACAAUUCCAAGAACUGGCUUUGGCUCUUGAACUGUCCAAUAGGCCAUUCCUCUGGAUUGUGAGGCCAGACAUCUCUGAAACUACUCCCUACCCAGAAGGGUACAAAGAAAGAGUAGGCUCUAAAGGGUUGAUAGUGGGAUGGGUCCCACAGCAGAAGGUUCUAGCACAUCCUUCGAUUGCUUGCUUCCUAAGCCAUUGUGGUUGGAACUCUACCUUGGAAGGGGUAAGCAAUGGGGUACCCUUCUUGUGCUGGCCAUAUUUUGCUGACCAGUUCCUCAAUGAGAGCUACAUUUGUGAUAUUUGGAAGGUGGGAUUGAGGCUUGAUAAGAAUGAAAGUGGGAUCAUCGCGAAAGAAGAAAUCAAGAACAAGGUGGAACAAGUCCUGUGCGACAAAAGUUACAGUGCUAGGGCUUCAAAACUCAAGGAACUAGCUAUGAUCAAUAUCAAAGAAGGUGGACAGUCUAACAUGAUCUUUAAGGAUUUUGUGGAAUGGAUGAAGUCAUAG